UGCAGUUUAGGCAGUCUUAGACGUUUUUGCGAAUUUCCAGUCGGUAUUAGUUCUAGUUACCUGCUUUAUACUCAGGAUAUGUUUUCGAUGCACUUCCAGGAAUACGUGUCCCCACUGUGAUUGUUAGCGUUAACCUGAUUCUAUUUAUGUUUGCAACUUAAUGCUCAAUAAUGUCCGAUCAGUCAAAAACCUCAGUAGGAUGCUGUAAUCUCUGCAGUUAGCCAAGCGAUCUAUAAAAAACGAUAGUCCGAAUUCAAUCAAAACUUCAGUGGGAUUAGAAAUACUAGUCAUUCGGCCAUCUAAAACAGACAUUCACUUAUCUUCUCAUCGUUGAAAAAUGUUAUAAAAGCAAGUACCCGCAGGGAUUCUGAGAAUAACACAAAACAGAUAUUGAUUUGCAAAAUUUUAAGGUUUCAAAGCGCUUUUAUCCGAUUCAGUAAUUUAACUGCAUUUUCAACAUCAGCAAUCAGAUGUCAACAAUUUCAAAUGAAUUCUGAAUCAUUUCAGGAGUGUCGUAAACAAGCUAUUGAGAGACUCCACAAAUGGUUAAUUAAUAGUCAGCUUCCAUUGAAAUUUGCUGCAGGAGAUACGAAAGAUCCAAGUUGCAAUUACGACUAUACUAGUUAUGAUCCAUCCACUUGGUUACCUUUGGUUCAUUACAAACAAACAACAUAUUCACGACUUGAUGAAAUGGCUAUUAACGCCUGCAAAGCACAAAAACAAUGGAUUGAUUUACCAUUACUAGAACGUGCCAAAAUUCUUAGAAAAGUUGGUGAUCUUGUUCGUGCUGAAACAGAUUGGCUUGCUGAAUUAGAGACACUAGAUACUGGAAAGCCACUGUGGGAAGCUCGUGCAGACAUUGAGGCUUGUGCAGAUUCAUUUGAGCUAUUUGCUGGUUUUAUCCCAAGUUUUGUUGGGACUCAUUCUCCUGUCCCACCAAAUCCUGGCAGUUUUUAUUAUACUAGAAGAGAACCAUUUGGACUUUGUGCUGGUAUUGGAGCAUGGAAUUUUCCUUUUCAAAUGGCUGUAUGGAAAUCUGUUCCUGCGCUAGCUGCUGGAAAUUCUUUUAUAUUUAAACCAUCUCCUUUAACUCCAUUAACAGCUAUUCGUUUAUACGAAUUGUAUAAACUUGCUGGAUGUCCUGAAAAUCUUUACCAAGUUGUUCUAGGAGGUGUUGAAAUCGGUCAAGCAUUAGUAAAUCAUCCUUUAGUUAGAAAAGUAUCAUUUACAGGAAGUGUUACAGGAGGUCGAUCUGUGCUUAAAUGCGCUGCUGAACGCAUUAUACCAAGUACACUUGAACUAGGCGGAAAAUCACCAUUGAUUAUAAUGUCAGAUGCUAAUUUAGAUGAAGCUGUUAAAGGCACUUUGAUGGCUAAUUUUUAUACUCAAGGACAAGUAUGUUCUAAUGCUGCUCGUGUAUUUGUUCAUAGAUCUAUUGCAGCACCAUUCACUCAAAAACUUAUUGAAUCAGUUAAACAAAUUUUAGUCGGUGAUCCUUUCAAUCCGAAAGUCUCCAUGGGUGCUUUAAUUUCUCCUGAACAUCAACAAAAAGUAUAUAAUUAUAUAAAAUCAGCCAUUUCCGAAGGAGCCACUUUAUUGUAUGGUGGUGAAAAGCCAAAAUUUAAAGUCAGUAAUUUAAAUAAUGAUAAUUUUAUUACACCAUGUAUCUUAACUAACUGUCACGAUAAUAUGAAAGUUGUGAAAGAGGAAAUAUUUGGUCCAGUUAUUACUUUAUUAGAAUUUAAUACAGAAGAAGAAGUUGUCCGACGUUCAAACGACAGUGAAUUCGGUCUUGCUGGAGGAGUAUUUACACAAAAUUUGGCGACUGCCCAUCGUAUAGCCUCACAACUACAAUGUGGUUCUAUAUACAUUAACAGUUACAAUGUUUAUCCACCUGGUAUUCCAUUUGGAGGUUAUAAACUAUCUGGAUUCGGUCGAGAAAAUUCAGUUGACACAUUGUUGGCUUACAGUCAAUUGAAAUCAAUUUAUGUAGAAGGUGGAUCACUUCCCUAUCCGUUCCCUGAAUGAUUCUAAUCAAUGAUUGAUUAAUGACUGGUCCAAUUAAAGUUGAUUUAGUAACUAAUCAAUGAUAAAAUUUAAACUCCCUUGAUUUCAAUGAUAAAUAAUAAUAUGAUUUCGCCAAUCUAAUAUUCCAUAUUUUUUUAAUUAUAAGUUCAAAAUAAAUUCUUAAUUAUUU